AUGGCUUCAAUGAGGGGCAUGGCCCUUCUUCCCCAGUGCACAGCAUGUGUACGCAGGGCCACACUGCAAAAUUCUGAAGCGUGGGGGACGCAGCAGAUACGCAGCAUCUCGAAGAAGGCGAAAGAAGCAGAGCGCAACAUUGUCGUGAAGCUGCUCAAGGAUGUGCCAAGGUUCGGCCGCGCAGGCUCCUAUGUCCCCCUCAACCCCUCGCUGAUGCGCAAUCGCUGGUUUCCCGCACGCAUUGCCGACUAUGUUCCGGCUACCCAAUUGAAGCAGCUCAAGGCUCAGGACGUGGAUAUGGCACGCGACGUCACAUUUGGCGUAAGGCUGAAUCUGGAGGAGGCCGAUGAGGAAGAGAGCGACUUGAUGCAGCAACCCAAGUACUUUGUGCGGCCAAUUGAGAUUGAUGUGCUCAGUCCUGAGCGAUCCAUUGAGCUCCUCGACACGUUCGUCCCACCAACGAUUGACUUUUACCGCCAGCCUAUCGAGCAAGACAGUCCAAAACGAGAACGGGUAGGGGCAUCGGGUGCAGCGGACAUCUUGACUGCAGCUGCCAUGAGCAAAGCGAAGGCAUCGGCAAACGCUAUCUACGGAUCUGUAUCAACUGCGGAUCUGGCAACGACUAUCAAGAGCGCGCUAGCGCACAACGACGAAGCAUCGCGUGUUGUUCUGAGCGAGAGUGAUGUCAAGUUUGUAUCAGGACAUGAGGAGGGCGAUGCAUCGCGAGUGAAGCAAUUGGGUACAGUCAAGGCCGAGAUACGGUUACCGGGUGCAGAGAGGGUACUGGUGCGCAACAUACGGAUCAGGGCGAAGGAAUCGGAAACGUGA